AUGAAGGUCUCACUCGCGAUCCUGACGACGCUGUGCGCGUCACUCGCCACCGCAGGCGUGGUCAUCACUCCCGUCCGUCAAAAUCAGGUCGUGCCUGCAGCACAAAAGGUCUCGGGCGACUGCUUCUUUGGUGUUGUGACGCCUCAAGGUUGCGCACGCUCACCUUGUCCAGCAAAACCCGAGACUGAUUCCCCCAAUCCCCCGUCCGUGCCUCGGUUUCGUCCCGACUUGGCCGUGUUCCAGAUCCCCCAAUCCGUCACUCUUCCCCCCCUCCUUUGUCUCUCGUUCUGCCCCCAAACUCCACCAUGCCAGCGGCAACCGUUGUAA